GAUGGCACUCAUUACUUACUAAAUGAACAGCGGCUGUGCACGUAGCUGGAAUUUUUUAAAAGUAAAUCAAGUGAAGUACACAUAUUUACAAUUAAGAUUGAGGCAAUUCACGCAGCCUUUGGUAAUAUUGUGAAAUCCGUAAAAUCUGUAAACUUGCGUAAACACUUUUGCAAGGAUAAUUCGCUCAGUAAUUUCUGUAAAGUUGCUCUGAUCAUGAAUGUCUUUUUAUAAGUUUGUAAAAUUAUUUUACAAAAGGACGGGUUACUUCCUAAUUUUUUAACAAGUUAUACAUAAAUGACUGGGUGAAUUGCCUCAUUAAUUUUUUUAGUUUCCCCUUUCCAAUAUUAAUUUCGAUUGAUAACUGCGAAUUACAUAAGUUAAACGUACGAAAGACACAACUUUUAAAUUAAAAACUGUGACAAUGGGUAACUCGAUAUCCUCAUGUGUUCAAAAUGACGUGCCUAACGCCAUGCCAUCUUCCUCCAACAGUUCACCUGAGCGACCACGUGAUCCAUGUGGCAUAUUCUGUACUUGUGCAAAUUGUUAUACAAUUUGCACAAUAAUUCGAGCACGACAGAAUCACACUGGUUUGACAAAUAUUCACCAAGAAGACCAUAUCCUGCCAGGAUACCGUCCUCCCCCGCUGCCACCCGAGACUCAAAUUCUACCAAUUCUGGCCAACUGGCACAACCCGAGAGAUCUUUCAAUACCCGUAAUACAGUUCCCAUCCGAGUGUUUCUUUCUACCACAAGAGGGAGUCAAGAAUUGAGACAUGUUGGUUCUGAAACAAGUCAGAGUCCACCGUCAAGUUUGAUAUCGUCAUCCGAUGCAACUAGAUCAACAGCAACGUCAUCAACGGAAACCUUAAGAUCCACGCCAGAAACAACCUUAAGGUCCCCACCAAGACCAACAAUUCGCUCCUUUCUAUAUCGCAUUUUAGAAACCAACAGGACCAGACUACCAUCAACAUCAAGGUCAAGGCCACAAGUCCCAAAUUCCUGUGACGUAUCACCCACAACGACACAUGUCAAUCCAUCAUCGGCGAAACCUACUCCAGAUCCUGAUUCCAAGGAAACCUGGCCGUCCUACUUAUUCGAAGAAUCAGUCGAUGAAGUUUCCAACAUGCUCCAGUGUAGCAUCUGCCAAGAAUUAUGCUCUGGUCGGAUAACGCAGUGCAAAAAUGGGCAUAAUAUCUGCGCCACGCACACAUCUCAGAUUUCAACCUGUCCCAUUUGUCGGGUCUCUUAUAAAGAGGGAUCGUCCCGAAAUUGCUCGCGGAGAAGUUGGUUGUUCAAGAGAAAAGGAAACUCGAGGUGAAAGAAGAACAAAAAAAGUUACUGGACAAUAUGGAAAAGUUGAAGAUAAGUAAAAUUAAAUGUGACCGGAAACCCCAAGAAGUUGAUAAGCCGUGUCAAUAUUCUGGAGAUGGAUGUACCUAUAAGGGUCACACUACAAGAUUACAAGAGCAUCAACCCAUUUGUGAUUAUCGGCCGAUUGAAUGCUGCUUCAAAAAUGACGGCUGUCAAAACUCGGAAAUCCCAUUCUUGGGCUAUAUUCAACAUUUGCAAAAUGUCCACAACGUGAAAACCUUCAGUGACGAAGCAUACGUAAAAUUUUAUGUGAAUCGUGGCGGCAAGUUGGUGCGAGACGGCUCCUCCAGCAUGGCAAUUAUCGAGGGUCCACUAGGAAUCGCCACUUUCAUUUUGAGAGCAAUUCAAUCCGAGGAUGAGGUGAUGAUCUGGAUAGCGAUUCAUGCCCAUUAUAUAAGAGACUUGAGGUUCCGAAAUGAACUAAAAUUGGAAAACUUUGGAAACCAGAGUCAGCCCCUCUAUCAAAGUGAUGAUUAUGUGCUGAGUACAACCUGGGAUAGAUAUCCAGUCAGUUACUUAAAAAUUCCGGUGAAACACUUGAAAACCAAUUUAAGGCAGGAGAAGUCUAAUAGAGGGAAUUAUGUGAGGGAGUAUUGGGCCGUUACGGUGAAGAUAAUUACUUGAAUUUUAAGGUUAUAAACAGCAACAUAUGUACAUAUGGGUAUUUAUAGAUAUGUAUGAUAACUUCUCCCCCGGAAGUACCAACCCAGGGAGAAGUUAUCACGGAGUGUAUAUCUGACUUCACACAUUUUUAGCAGUAUCUGAAAUAACUUAAUAAAUACGUAUCAUUUGUCUAAGAGUAAAUGGUUCCCCGCCUAAUGACCUGUGUAAUACGACCUGGUUAGAAGAAUUUUAUAAAACCUUCGGCAAAGUGUACGUAGGAACCAUAGCUACUAGUUUUAGUUUCCAAAAGAUUUUUCCUACUCCCAUCCUGGCCACCAAUCCGAUUUUCCACACCAACCCUCAAAUUAGCGAUUUUCAACCCGAUUCCGAAAUGUCCUGGCUUAUUUUUUGCCAUUAACGUUCGACUGCCACCAGCUUUUUCGCCUUGGAGCGAAGGUUGGAGAACCUUCUUUUGCCCAAGGCCCGAAACUGGUAGAUUUCUCACAAAUAAAGGACAUUAUGAGGUUGACUGUUUUAAUA